CUCGCGCUAAAUACCAAGACUCGAUGUCUUGAAUCUGAUUGGUUCGUCUAUGUAUUGUGGUCAUGUCAACCGUAAACAUUAUUCUAUUCAUAAAUACACUUGAAACUCUCAAUAACAGAUUAUUCACAUGUGCGUGAACCUGUGCCUUUUUUCAUGAUAGAAAUAACGACUUAUGUCGCGUCAGUUAACUUUUGUAACUGGUAAUCCAAACAAAUUGACUGAAUUCCUUAAAAUUAUUGGUGAGGAAUUUACUGGAAAAGUAAAAACAGUUGAUCUAGAUUUACCUGAAGUUCAAGGUAGUAUCGAAGAAGUGAGUAUACAAAAAUGUUUAUCUGCUUUUAAAAUAAUCAACGGACCUGUAUUAAUCGAAGAUACAGCACUUUGUUUUAAAGCACUGAAUGGAAUGCCUGGACCUUUUAUUAAAUGGUUUUUAAAAGCGGUUGGUCCUGAUGGACUACCUCGUAUGUUGAUUGACUUCAAUGAUUAUCGUGCAGAGGCUGUAUGCACUUUUGCUUAUUGUGAUAGCUUCGAAAAACCAGUACAAUUAUUUACUGGUAUCACACCAGGUUAUAUUGUUUCACCUCGUGGACCACGUGAUUUUGGAUGGGAUUGCAUAUUUCAACCGGAUAACUUUGAACAAACUUAUGCUGAAAUGGAUAAAUCUAUCAAAAAUUCCAUAUCACAUCGAUCUAAAGCGUUAGAAAAAGUGAAGUCUUUUUUGCUGAAUCAUGGAGUUUAAUGAAAGCAGUAUUUUUUUUCUCAGUUUUGAACAAAAAAUAAACGUUUAUAAAAGGAAUAUUAUUGAUGUUUUGAAUUAAUUAUUUUAUACAUUUAGAUUGAACUACUUUUUUUAUUUAAAGUAACAUAGAAAUAUUACUGAUUUUUCUUUAAACUCACUAAAUAGGAUAAAAUGGAGAAACAUCAUUAUUUCGUAAUAAAGUUAGUUGAUUAAGUUUUUGUAAAAAGGGUGUUUCCUACUCACUCGUUCAGAGUUUAGAGAUCCUCUAUGUUUUUACCAUUUAUACUCGUUAUAUGCUGU